AUGUCCCCCCGCAAGAAGGAAGUCUUAUCUGCUGUAACGGCGACCGCAGAUACCCGCGCAGACGAGCCGGCAAACGAAUUGCGCCAGAAGGCUCAGUUGGAACGGAUUCCCCAGCCAGCGCGCUUUGUAUUGGUCGUCCUGAGUAGCCUGGUACUGAGUGCGGGAUUCUUCAGUUUAACGUCUGGGGAUACCCUUGGCGAGCUAGGCGGCGUGAGCAGACAUCUUGAGGCAUGGUGGGAAGUGGGGGGUUUGGCGGCUUGGAAGGCUAUAGAGGUUGGGUUAGCCUGGGUCUUGGGCUUUGAUGGACGAGAUGUGUCAUCAUUCAUCUUCCUUACUCACCUCCCCACCUACGCACUCCUGGCAUCAUUUUACAACAUCCGCCCCACUACGGUCUUGAUCUCUUAUGUGAUCAUCUUAUUCUCGACCUCGGUCCCCUUUGUACUCCUGCGCAAGCCGACUUGCGUGCACGACCUGUCGCAUGCUCCCUCCGAUGCAGUCCGCAACCGCUCAAUCCUUCAGGACCGCGCGACAACCAUCUACACCACUAUCGCCGCGACAUCAAUUCUGACUGUCAUCCUAUACCUAAGCUACGCGACCUGGCUCCCAACACAACUGGUCCUCCACUUCGAAAACAUCCCUGACAUUGGCGCCGUUCACGCCGGUCCUGCGGGUCUGCCAGCCCUCUUCCUCGCCCUCCUUCCAGCCGGCUGGGCGGCGAGAGAUCUCCUUUUCGUUAGUUCCACUGGCGCGGCCGCGUCUAAGAGGACCGAAUCGACCGAGAAGAACCCCGCAUCGCACGAAGGCGAGUACCUCGUCUGUGCAGUUUAUCGGAAGACCUGGGGCGCACUCUCGCCUAAGACGAGAGUUCUUAUCUCGCGAACGGUACUUCUUGCCGUCAUGCUUCUCAGUAACACCAUUGUCCAGUUGGCAGGAACCAUUGAGGGAAUUAGCGUCGAGGGUGCGUCCGCUUGGGGUUCAAUCUGGGCCGUCGCCAUUUUGGCUGUUGGAGCGACUUUUGGUUGGAUCGAGGCUGUUGAUGGGGUAUGA